AUGAGUGCUUCCGGUGCCACUACAUUGAAAGGGCAGAGUGACCUGCGAUAUGCACGGACCGUCUCAUUUCAUCCGGAGUCGGCUUUUCAUGAGCAGCACAAUGCUGCGUCGCAGCGAUUAUUCCACACGAGUGAGCCAGGCUGGGAAUCACGAGAAAGCAACUCGGGAUAUGCAGCACAGGACGACGGGGACACUGCUAACGAGAGUAUCCGCAGAGGCUACUACGAGCGCCUUCAGAGGUUUUACAAGAAGUACAAUCCUCAAAAGCUCUGCAAUGUGGAGAAGUUGUUAUGCGAGUGCCGAGGUGAAGAGGAGCAACUAUUUGCCAUAUUGGUGGGAAAAUAUGGGCCAGAGCCGGAGGAUGAGAGCACUACGUUGUGCGCGGAUUCGGUGUUCUCAAGCGAGGGCGAUUCUGUGAUGCAUUACUCGGGAAAGCGCUGUCAAUUUCCGAAAAAAGUGAUGCCAGAGGAGGGAAAUACUGACUGUGAAACACCCUACUGGGCAGGAGCUUCUUCUCUGAUCGGUGAUCGUGAUUUACUUGCCCUUCUUAGCAAUUUGGAGACCUCGAACGUGGAGCUGCAAAAGUGUUACAUGGGUGUUUUCGGACAGCAUCCAGGAGACUGUUGGAACGGAAUGGUUUACAUUACACGAGCGGAGGGGAUUGCAUCCGUUGAUACUCCGUUUCUCGGACACUCUUGGGUUGGGACCCUUGGCAGCGGUAAGGUCCUCGUUCACGAGAGCAAAAAAUUUCACCGUACAACACUUUACUGCACAGAGGAAUGUCAGAAGAGAGGCAACCAUGAGCGAUGGCGGCUCUCUGUCUAUCGCGGUGACCUUAAUUACUUGAUUUUGCUGCGCACCGUGUGGGAUCCUGUGGUUGUGCCCGAGCCCCUGCCCUUGAAUCGGUCUAGUCAUUCGGAGCGCGAGCUGCACUCUUCUUUUGACGCGUUUCCUACGAGGCUUUCCAGUAUGAGCUCAGUAGAUUCCGAUAGCAGCAGUAGUCGACAACCACUUCAGCCCCAGCAACAACAGCAGCGUUUCGUGACUCUCGAUUUCGUUCAGUUUACGAAACUUCUCGAGGAAGUAGAAUCACGUAUUAUGAGACACCUUGAGGGAUUAGAAAGUCGAAUAUCUCGUCUUGAAAAUAUGUGA